GUGCAGUCAAAGUUUGCGCUGAGAGACGAGCUGAAGGCAAACUUGGAAGCUCUACAUCAGCUAGAGAAAGUGACGGAAGCCGAUGGAGAGGAAUCGGAAGAAAAUGACGAUUUUCCUGCUGCUGAAGAAGAUGUGGAUGUUGAGGACGAUGGUGAAUACAAUGAGAACAGUGUCGCUGUUGGCGCAGAAGAUCCUUCUGACAGAGGAGAUGCUGAAGUCUCAUCGCUUCCAUCUUUGCCCAGUCUUCCCAGUGGUUUCAGGGAGCAAAAAAGGAGAGGAAGCAAAGGCGAAACCUGCAAAACUAUCCCUGGCUCGUGCCCCAUGCAGAGUGACUUCCCUUGAUGGACACAGUGAUCUGGUUACUUCCCUUGCUGUUGUUGGAGGCAAAGUUAUCUCAGCAAGUCGAGACACUACUCUGAGGUGCUGGGAUAUUGCGACCGGGAAAGAGGAGAAGAUUUUUGGAGGACACACAGAGACAGUGACGUGUGUGAUUGUCCUCGACAAAUUGUUUAGUCGGUCUGUCGCAGACACGUCCCUCUCUAGUGAGGAUCACCUCAUCGUGAGCGGUUCGUUUGACUCCAGCUACAAGCUCUGGUCUCUGAACUCUGGUCAGAUGGUCAAGAGUGUGUACACCUUCAACCCGGUCACCUGCAUUCACUUUUCGGAAGCCCAAGCCAUGCUUAUCACUGGAUCAGAUGGUGGCAAGCUGGAGUUGUGGGACUUGGCUUCUGGCUCGAACUUGUGGUCCAACAUUGUUCAUAGGGGGUCUGUCACUGGGGUCAAGGUUGUCGAGAAGACAGUGUUCAGCUCCAGUGCAGAUGGGGUCCUCAAGGUGCACCACGUGGCAGACGACAGAAAACUGUCGUGCGUCUUCGAGUCGGAGAACCUUAAGUCGGCUUCCGGCCGACAGAUGAAUGUUCGGCAUGUGAGAUGUUUAGAGUAUGGUCCCAAAGGCCUCUUCUAUGGGGAUGAUUCCAGAAAUAUUAAAAUCGUUGAUUGGAGAAAAGGUAUCGCCAACAAAGUCCCCAACCAUGGCUCCAGCUUCACGUCCAUCGAUGCUAUCUGUUGUCAUGACGACUACCUGGUGUCCUCCAGUUAUGACCUUGACAAUGGUCUAGGAUAUAUUAAUGUUCGCUCCUCCCGGACCUUGGAGUACCUGGCCACUAUCGACGACCGCGAGACGGAAAGGAUUGUUUGCUUGGCCAUCAGCAAGCUGCCCAGUGGGAACUUUUAUGUGGUCAGCGGAGGCAUGGAGCUGAAAGUGUGGGAGGUGGGCAACAAAGGAGGACAAUGGAGGACUACAAGCCUGAUUGAAGACGCAGACUUUGUAAAACUGCUUCACAAAGGCAGCCUCUCGAGAACAGCAAUAGAUUCGGAGACGGAUGUUUCUGAUGAGGAGGAGGAUGAUGACGAUGAAGACGACGAUGGUGAUGACGCCUCCGUGGAAGAGUCGGACGAGGACCCUGAGAAAAAGGAGAGUGGCCAGGCCGCUAGCUGGAUGUCAUGGUGUGCUGUUUUGUGAUCCUUCACGGGGCCAGCACCCCCCCCCCCCCCCCC